AGUACAAAGUAGAUAGAGCGGUGUGACUUCAUAUUAGUACAUUUUAUCAGAAAUCUGUUAUAAAAAAUAGAUAAAAUGUAUGUAAAUAUUUUAUUCUGCAUAUUACCGGUGGUGCACGCACCAGAGGCGGGCGUGCCCUGAGGAACACCAAAAUGGAACACGCACAAAGCGAUCGGAAAAGAGAUGUGGACAAUGAGGGUGCUCCAUCUUCACCACGACGCGUAGUGGAACUAGACACUAUUCUUGUUGAAGAAAUAGGACAGUUCGGAAGAUAUCAAUUACGGACUUUCUUGUUGGCCGUUGUGUUGGUGCAGUUCGUUGCAUGGAGUGCCGUAGAAUAUAUAUUUACUACAUCUCGUAUCACUACUAGAUGUUUAAUCCCAGAAUGUGAAGGAGAGGCCACAGAGUUUUCACCAUACUGGUUGGCGAAUGCUAUACCACCUGGUUCUAGUGAAGGUUCUUUUGACAAUUGCCAUCGAUACGAAAACUUGACGGCGUUGCCUCGGCAGGUUGAGAGUGACACUUGUCCUAGCUCACUCUUCGAUCGCAACAGAAGAAUUGCUUGCGAUCAAUACGUUUAUCAAAAUAAAUUCUCCGUUGUUUAUGACUACGGUCUGGCGUGUGAGGAGUGGAAGCGCUCACUAAUUGGAACAGUUAGAACAUUUGGAACACUGACUGCACUUCCUAUUACUGGGUUCAUAUCAGACCGAUGGGGUCGAAGAGUUGCCCUCACCAUCAACGCUUUCAACACAGCAUGGCUUGGAGUCACGCGUUACUGGGCAGACACUUACAUCGGCUUCAUGAUGUCCGAAUUCAUUGAAGCCACCUUCGGAUCUGGUGGAUUCUCUUGCGUUUAUAUUUUGAUGAUGGAGUUGGUCGGCCCAAAGUUCCGUGUGGCUGCUGGAGCAGCUAUGAAUACAUGCUUUGCCCUCGGACAAGUGACUAUGGGUCUAAUUGCAUGGGCUGUUCCUGAUUGGAGAAACCUUACAUUAGCAUUGUACAUCCCGCAAUUUAUCACCAUCUUCUACUACUGGCUUAUCAGCGAGUCUGUGCGCUGGUACAUGAGCAAGGGACGAUUUGAUGAAUCCGAGGCCCUUCUUAGGAAAGUGGCUAGAGUUAAUAGGAAACAAAUAUCUGAGAAGUCCUUGGAGGCAUUACGUCAUACGGCUGAGGAGAAGUUAAGAGUCAGUGCUGAAGAAGCAGAAAAGAAAGGCGGCGAGACCUGGCUCAUAGUGCAAGUGUUCAGACACAAGCGUAUACUAAUACGUGUGCUUAUAUCCCCAAUAUGGUGGAUCACGACAACCUUCAUUUACUACGGACUGUCGCUCAACGCUGUAAACAUGUCUGGGAAUAGAUACUUGAACUACGUGGCUGUAUCAGCGGUCGAGAUCCCUGGAUUUUGGAUUUCGUACUUCUUGAUGGAUAAAAUUGGAAGGAAGCCUGUUUUGACUGGAGCGUUUUGGUUAUGUGCUGCUUGCCAGAUUGCAUACAUAUUUAUACCUCAAGAUUUGUUUGGUGUAUCUCUCACGGUAUACCUUAUCGCUAAGUGUUCUAUAGCGAUGGUCAUGACAUCAGUAUAUGUAUACACUGCGGAGUUGUAUCCAACGAAACAUCGACACAGUUUGUUUGCUUUCUCGUCCAUGAUGGGAAGAAUCGGUUCUAUGGUUGCUCCGCUUACGCCUGCAUUUGGCGCCGAAUGGUUUGAAGAAUUACCUUUCGUAUUAUUUGGUUCAUUCGCCCUGUUGUCUGGUAUCUUAAUAUUCUUCACUCCAGAGACAUUGGGCAGCACAUUGCCAGACACUUUUGAGCAGGCAGAAGAAAUAGGACGCAAAGAGAAAACGUAACAAUGAACUGACCACAUUUAGCUAUAGGUAAAUUUGUGUAUAGAUAAUCUCCUUUGUAUGAUACUUAUAUUUUUUAAGAAUAAAUUGAAACUUUUUUUUGUCUGGAAGUCGUUUUAAUCCAAAUACAAUGAUAUAAUCUCCGAACCGAUACGACCUUCAUGAAACGAGCGUACUCCUUAUUAAAAGGCCGGCAACGGGAAUGUGUCUCGUCUGGUGUUGCAUGUACCCAUGGGCGACGCUGAUCACUUACCACCAGGUGGUUUGUCUGCUCAUGUGCCUCCUAUUCUAUAAAAAACAAAACGUGUAAUUAUUUAUAUUACGUUCUUAAUUUAUAUAAAUAAAAUAUACUGCUUUCUGCCAACGUCUU